CAGCGGGCCGUGGAUCUUUGUGCUGCCCCCGGGAGCUGGAGCCAGGUGCUGAGUCGGCACCUCAGGGGCUCCGAGGGCUCCCCAGCCCAGGUGGUGGCCGUGGAUCUCCAGGCCAUGGCGCCGCUCCCGGGGGUGCUGCAGAUCCAGGGGGACAUCACCAAGGCCUCCACGGCACAGGAGAUCCGGCGCCACUUCGAGGGGCACCCGGCUGACCUGGUGGUCUGUGAUGGAGCCCCUGACGUAACGGGGCUGCACGACCUCGACGAGUACAUCCAGGCCCAGCUGCUGCUGGCAGCCCUGAACAUCACCACCCACGUCCUGAAGAAAGGCGGCACCUUCGUGGCCAAGAUUUUCCGUGGCAAGGACGUGACGCUGCUCUACUCCCAGCUGCGCCUCUUCUUCCCCGACGUCACCUGCGCCAAGCCGCGCAGCAGCCGCAACUCCAGCAUCGAGGCGUUCGUGGUGUGCCGUGGCUACAGCCCCCCCGAGGGCUUCGUGCCCAGCAUGGAGAACCCCCUGCUGGAGCCCGAGGCGGUGCUGUGUGGGGUGCCAGGGCUGGCCCUGUCCCGCCUCUCGGGCCCCUCCCGGGUCAUCGUUCCCUUCGUGGCCUGCGGGGACCUGAGCGCCUUCGACCCCGACCGCACGUACCCGCUGCAGCUGGAGCCCUCCCGGCCGUACCGCUACACGCCCCCCCCCGCGCCCCCCAUCGCCCCCCCCUUCGCCCGGGCCUGCCGCCUGCGCCGGGGGGGGCACCCGGGAACGGAGACCCCCCCGGGGGGUCACGGGGACGGCACGGGCGUGCAAGGAACCCCCGUGCAAGGAGCCCCCGUGCGAGGAGCCCCCGUGCAAGGAACCCCCGUGCAAGGAGCCCCCGUGCAAGGAGCCCCCGUGCAAGGAACCCCCGUGCAGGGAACCCCCGUGCAAGGAACCCCCGUGCAAGGAACCCCGUGCGAGGAACCCCCGUGCGAGGAACCCCCGUGCAAGGAGCCCCGUGCAAGGAACCCCCGUGCAGGAACCCCCGUGCAGGAACCCCCGCGGGAACCCCGUGCAGGAACCCCGUGCAGGAACCCCGUGCAAGGAGCCCCCGUGCAGGGAACCCCCGUGCAAGGAACCCCCGUGCGAGGAACCCCGUGCAGGAACCCCCGUGCAGGGAACCCCCGUGCAAGGAGCCCCCGUGCAGGAACCCCCGUGCAGGGAACCCCGUGCAAGGAACCCCCGUGCAAGGAGCCCCCGUGCAAGGAGCCCCCGUGCAAGGAACCCCGUGCAGGGAACCCCCGUGCGAGGAACCCCGUGCAAGGAACCCCAUGGUGUCCUCGGCUUCGGGGUCUCCCCGGUUUCCGGGUGCCCCACGUCGGGGUUCAGUCCUUGCCGCGCGAGGCCUCGGCGUUGGCGCGCAGCAGUUGGGGUUCCUGGGUGGGAUGA